CCGCCGCCCAGAGGGGACGAGCGCUUUCUCCAUGUCUCAAUCACCCAAAUCUGUUCCGGCUGCCGACCUUACCCCCUCCGACAAUGCAGAAAAAGAGAACACACCUUCCUCGCCAAUUCAAAAAUCCUCGACGACAACAUGGCCCUCUUCGCUCAGCACGGCUUCCAAGGCACGCCAGAAUUCUCCUCUGCACAUCAAUUCCUCUGUGACACCGCCCUCCAAUGACAUGGCUUCGCUCAGCCCCUCCGCAACAGAUCGCGUCUUCCCCAUUCGUAGCGUCGUUUCCGUAGACCCCACGCCCACGCCCACGCCCACGCCCACCCAGCGAGGCCAAGGGGUGGGCGAGUACUUCCACCCAUACUCCCGAGCCUCUGAAUCGCGAGUGCCCAGCUCAGCUCGUCGUCAAUCCGCAAGUUCUACGACCUCCCACUCAUCUCAGACAUCUCAAAGGGGACCCGCUCCUCGACAUAGCGCAGCAGGCCCCGAUGCAAUUCCAAAAGCGCUGGCAUCGUCGGCGCAAGAGGGCAGGAGGGGUUCUGCUAUGGCACAGAGAAGCGAAAGCUCGAGAAUGGUUCCGCCGCGGCUUAGAUCGGGGGAAAGUGGGGACACAGCCAACAGCGGGGCAACCUCACUUCUGCUCGACAGGCCACUCUCGCCUGGUGCGUCCUCGGCGAAAAGUGGACAAAGCAGCAUGGGAGACAUGGGCGGCUUAGUAACUCAUCGUUUCAAGCACGUGCUGACAGAUGGUGGCCACGCCGUCAUAACCGGGCGGGAUGGAGAAACCCUACAGCGAUGCGAAGACGAGCCUAUACACAUCCCUGGUGCCGUGCAAGGGUUUGGCCUAUUGAUCGCGCUUCAAGAGGACCCUGAUGGGAGCGGCGGCCUCCCUGUACGCAUCGUCAGCGAAAACUCCAAGAGAAUCAUCGGGCGGUCACCAAGGGAUCUGUUCGCGUUGGAAAGUUUCACCGACAUUCUAUCCGUGGAGCAGGCCGAUAAUCUUCUAGAUCAUAUCGAUUUCAUCAAGGACGAGGAUACUGACGUAGUUACGAAUGGUCCCGAGGUCUUCACAAUUUCUGUCAAGAUCCCAAAUGCACGGUCUCGAAAGCUCUGGUGUGCAAUGCACAUCAAUGAUACGAACCCGGGCCUAAUUAUAUGCGAGUUCGAGCUGGAAGACGACCCCAUAAACCCCCUCGUGCCCCCAAACGACCAUACUCCUGAUCUACCUGAAGACACGCUGAACAGCAACCCAACGGCGGAGGAAUUUGCCGAGAGCACAGAGAUCAAGAGCCGGCCGCUAAGGAUUCUAAGAAGCGCAAGAAAGCGCAAGGGCGAGGCAGCCGCAAUGGAAGUUUUCAAUAUCAUGUCCCAAGUCCAAGAGCAACUGGCAGCGGCACCUAACCUCGAGAAAUUUCUGCAGGUAUUGGUGGGCGUUGUCAAGGAACUUACGGGCUUCCACCGCGUCAUGAUCUAUCAAUUCGACCAAGCAUUCAACGGGCGAGUGGUGACGGAACUGGUGGAUCCCAGAGCAACCAAGGACCUCUACAAAGGGCUUAAUUUCCCCGCAUCAGAUAUCCCUAAGCAGGCUAGAGAACUAUACAAACUCAACAGGGUACGAAUGCUCUACGAUCGUGACCAGCAAACAGCCCGUCUCGUCUGUCGGACCGCCGAAGAUCUUGAAAACCCUCUCGAUCUUACCCACUCCUAUCUCCGCGCAAUGUCCCCUAUCCAUCUGAAGUACCUCGCCAACAUGGCGCUCUGGGGUCUUAUCGCGUGUCACUCAUAUGGACAGCACGGAAUGCGGGUUUCCUUCCCCAUUCGAAAGAUGUGUCGUCUCGUUGGGGAUUCCGCAUCAAGAAAUAUUGAGAGACUGUCUUAUGCAUCUCGUUUACAAGCUAGAAAGCUAAUCAACACGGUACCCACCCAGCACAACCCCUCCGGAUAUAUCAUUGCCUCCUCAGACGAUCUACUGAAGCUCUUUGACGCCGACUUUGGGCUCUUAUCAAUACGAGAUGAAACCAAAAUCUUGGGUCAACUGGAGCAGUCGCAAGAGGCGCUCGCCAUGUUAGAAUACCUUCGAAUGCGAAAAAUUACUUCAGUCAUGACCUCACAGGACAUCACGCUAGAUUUUCCCGAUCUUCGGUACCCUCCAGGAUUUCAAAUAAUUGCCGGAAUGCUCAUUGUACCUCUAUCAGUCGGUGGCAUCGACUUCAUUGUGUUCUUUAGAAGGGGGCAGCUCAAGGAAUUCAUCAAAGAAGGCACAGAAGGAUACCUAGAGCCUCGAAGGAGUUUUAAGACGUGGCGUGAGACUGUUGUGGGCAAGUGCCGGGAGUGGACCGAGGAAGAAAUCGAAACUGCGGCAGUCUUGUGUCUCGUUUACGGAAAAUUCAUUGAAAGCAGUCAAUUGACCCGACUACUCCUCGCGAACUCAGCGCACGAAGUACGAACACCACUGAACGCGAUCAUCAACUACCUCGAGAUCGCGUUGGAGGGUAGCUUGGACCAAGAAACACGCGAGAACUUGGCCAGAUCGCAUUCCGCAUCCAAAUCACUAAUUUAUACGGAAGAGGGGGGUGCUCUCAUUAAGGGAGAAGCUACAGACAUGUUCCAAGGAGACGCAAAGCGCAAGGGUAUUUCUUACGAAGUUAUUGAGCAUUCGGGACUGCCGCGUACUUCGAUAUCGAACAUUACGGCGAAUGCCAUCCAAAAGACAUUUCAGGGAGGGGUCAAAGAUCAUGUGGGGGUUGAAGUUGCGGUCACUGAUAGCGGCCUGUUCAACGAUCUUGAGCAGGGUGCCAUCGCUCGGAAUCCAGUCAGUUCAGCCGAAGAAGGCCAAAAGACCACACUGGGUCUCGGUUUGGCGGUUCUACGUCUCAAAUCUGAAGAAGGUAAAGGAUCCCGGUUUGUUAUUCAAUUUCCGUUCGACCUCCCCGAUUCUGCAGGCCAGGAGUUUCCAGAUCCUUCACCAGAGGGAAGCAUAACUCCGCAACCGGAAACCGCUCUUCAGGGCGAGGAAGAGCUCACACUGGUAGCUCCUGGUCUGUCACGGACUGGCUCUGGUAGCGGAAAGGUAGCAAAGAAAGAGAGUACAGACAGCUUGAAUAGCAAAACCAGCUUACGAAGCUUCAAAAGUGGCUCCAGCGGAAAGAGCCAGAGGAGCGACGUCGACCGGCUUAUCGAGGCUAUUCAAGAAUCGCACAUGGUUGAGAAAAGACCAAAGAGCGGCGAAAGAAGUCUCAGUGCUUGGUCUGCGAGGCCCCCCCUUACGAAACGACUUAGUACAGAUCGAGAGCAGCCAAAUCCACCACGACGAGUACGUUCAAAGAGCCUAGAAAUGGCCGAAGGAGUGGUUUUAUCACCUCACCAGCGUUCAUUAGAACCUAGCACGCCUGGCGAAGAACACAUCCUGUACUCGAAUUAUCCGUUAAGAGCCAUUAAAGUCCCCGAUGAGUCUGGCUCAUCACCCUCUCGCGAUCAGCCGCAGACUGGAAUUCUAGGAGAGGUUCCUGACGGUCCUGAGCAGAUUACUCCCAGCCCGGAUCUGCUUACUCCGCACAACAUGCGUGUGCUAGUGGCCGAGGAUGACCCUGUCAACAGCAAGAUCCUCAAGAAGAGGCUCGAAAAGAUUGGACAUGAGAUCCACCAUACUAUCAACGGAGAAGAAUGUGCAGGGACAUUCGGCGACAAACCUCAAGCUUUUGACGUUGUCCUGAUGGAUAUGCAAAUGCCGAUCGUAGAUGGCCUCACCUCCACAAAGAUGAUCCGCUCCUUUGAGAAAACCCACCCCGACACCCUCUCUCCUCGCGCCGCACUCUGUGGCCGAGUUCCCAUCAUCGCUGUCUCCGCUUCUCUAGUCGAGAAAGAGCGAGAAACAUACAUAAGCGCCGGUUUCGAUGCCUGGAUUCUGAAACCUAUUUCUUUCUCUCGCCUGGCGGAGCUAAUGACCGCCAUCGUCGACGGAAAAGUCCGUGAAGAUUGCCUCUACCAACCAGGUCAAUGGGAACGAGGAGGCUGGUUCCAUACAGGCCAAAAGAGCUCAAGCGAGGUAGAUACCGUACCAUCAGGUCAACCGCUGUGCGCGAAUCCGUCGGAAAACGUAAGAGCUGCCGCCGUCGAGUCCGACAACCCCACAGCCGGAGAUGAGGUAGGGGAAAUUCCGGGCGAGCAGGAGCGGCUGUUGAAAUCAGAGGGGAAACAUGUUCAUUACGAAUCCGAGGACGAGAAUCAGUCGACGGUUCGAGAGCGAGAUCCUGGGCGGUGGCUGAGGUAG